AAUUAAUAUACAAUUCAUAUCCAUAAUAACUAAAACACUUGUGAUAAUAAUAAUGGCUUUAUUGAGCGAAAUAUUGUCACAUAAGAACCGAUUCUUGAAAACUUCAAUACUUUUCUUCUCGUUUGUUGUUUUGGGCUUAACGAUAGCAGUGAUCGGUCCGACACUUCUUGACUUACGACAAGCCGUAAAUGCAAACUCACUGGAGAUUAGUGUCAUAUUUCCGGUCGGAUCUGUCGGUUAUUUGCUGGGAUCCAUAGCCGGAGGCGUUGUCUACGAGCACUUUGACAGUCAACUGUCGAUCGCCUUCUUUGUGCUCAUAAUGACUGUCUGUAAUGUCAUCAUUCCGUGGAACCGAUCGGUGAUCUCUCUGUCGGCCACACAAUUGGUGAUGGGUUUGGGUGGCGGAGGUCUGGACACAGCGGGCAAUGUAUGGCUGUUACACAUGUGGGGCAAAAAGAGCGCCCCAUUCAUGCAGGCGCUGCACUUCACCUUUGGUUUGGGCGCUUUCAUCGCCCCCUUAAUCGCCGAACCCUUUCUCUCAAACAAGAAGAAUGUGACCGAAAUUGAGGGCCAAAUGACGGCCGACGACAAUGUGAUGACCGGCGCCGGCGUUGUCGACGACCUCAUGAUUUGGUGUCCGUAUACCAUAAUCGGCGGCUGCGGUCUCAUAACAGUCGUUGCGCUUGUGAUCAUGUAUUUCAUCAAAAGCAGUGAUAAACCGCAUCCGAGUAUUUCAAACAACGAGUCACUCAUUAUAAUGACAUUAAAGCAGAAAAUCUUGAUUUUGUUCAUCGCAUCCAUUAUUUUCCACUCGUAUUGCGGUUUAGAGAUAGCUUUCGGACGCUUUAUGACUACAUUUGCCUUUUAUAGUGAUCUCCAUCUCAACAAAUCAAAGGGCGCGUACAUGACGUCCGCCUUUUGGGGCACUUUCACUCUCUGCCGACUUCUGGCCAUUUUUAUUGUCGACUUUGUCGGCACUACUGCUGCCAUUUGGGCAGAUAUUGCUAUCGUUAUGGUCAGCAAUUUUGUGCUCAUAUUCUUUGGCAAUACAUCAGAGAUUGGUCUAUGGAUUGGCGUAUCGCUGAUGGGAAUCGGGACGUCGUCUAUAUUCCCGACUCUAUUAUCAUUUAUUGAGGAACUGUUUCCAGUGACGAGUCGUAUCGGAUCCCUAUUUUUAGUGGUCGCCUGUUUGGGAGAGUUUACGAUACCAUUCAUUGUUGGCUAUUAUGUCGAGAAAUAUCCAUUGAUAUUGAUUUACGUGACGACUAUCGCUAUCUGUCUGUCGGGUAAGAUAACAACUCCGGCCAAAUCCAAGACAACAACUCCGGCUAAAAGUAAGACAACAACUCCGGCCAAAAUCAAGACAACUACGACAACAACACCGGCCGCCGUCGAGAUCACGGUUGAGGCGGCAGACAAAAAGUUAAAGGUUUCGGUCGGCGAGGGAGAGACGGAAGACAAGGCGCUGAAGGCUUCGGGAGGUGAGGGAGAGGCGGAUGACAAGGCGUUGAAGGCUUCGGCCGGUGAGGGAGUGGCGGAGGACAAGGCGUUGAAGGCUUCGGCCGACGGCGAGACCACUACUGAAGCUGAGGACAAGAAGUUGAAGGCUUCAGCCGAUGGCGAGACCACCACUACUGAGGCGGAGGACAAUAAGUUAAAAGCUUCGGCCGAAGGCGAGACCACCACCACUGAGGCGGAGGACAAGAAGUUGAAAGCUUCGGGUAAAGAGGGCGGCGGUGGAGACCAUAAGGAUAGCGACACGUGUGGAAUGAGAAAAACCGAUGCAGAGGUAAAAUUCCGACAGAAGUUGGUCGGAGCCAAAGCCAUGGGAAGAAUUGUGGGCGGAGUGGACGCAUUGGACUUUGAGUUCCCCUGGCACGUGUCUAUUCAAAUCUAUAUUCCUAAAAAGAAAAAGGUCGAACACUUCUGCGGCGGUGCCGUCAUUAGUGAAUACUGGAUUGUAACCGCUGCCCAUUGUCUCGAUAUGUGA